UACUUGUAGGAAAAAUGGACGCUUGGCUAUUGGGAUGCCUGCUUUGUAUCUUUUGUUCGAUUGGGGGAAUAAUCGGUAACGGAAUGACACUUUGCUUGUUUAUUUCCGACAAAAAGUUUAGAGAUCCCAUCGGGUUGUUCAUUAUGGGAUUGACCAUUACUGGAUUAAUUACAAGCACUACAGCCAUCCCUUUGAAGGCCUCGGUCUUUUAUACCAAGGCAACGUGGACUCUUGGAAGUUUUUUGUGCUAUGUGGAUAAGUUUCUCUGCUACGGUUCACUACCCACAUCCAUCAUGUUCAUCUCUUCCAUUGCACUUAACAGAUGGACCAAAAUUAACUGCACAGCUCAAACAUAUAACAGAAUUUUCACAAUGCUAAAUACGAAGCUGAUUAUUUUAUUCAACGUUGCGAUCGGAUAUUCUCCAAUAAUCCUGGGAUUUUUUGGCAUCACUACUGAUAUCAGAUAUGAGGAGAGUGGCGGAAUUUGUUUUCUUUAUGUGCAUACGCAUACAAAGGUGGUAUCAACCGCUAUUUUCAUUGCAUCGGGUAUCGUGGUCGGUUUCUGCUACGGCCGAAUCUACAAAAAAGUGAAAGAUCAUAAAAGAUCAAGUUGCAUGGCCAGUUCUGCUCAAAUGAGCACGAGCUUAACAAAAAUGCUGAUGGCCACGGCGGCCACAUUCUACUUGUGCUUCUUGCCAACAGGAGUGAGCGUGAUUCUUAUGACUGGAAGUGACUUGGAAGUAUCUGGAGUUCACUACAUUUUCUUUACGGUUCCAUACUUCUCGACCGUUGUGCUAAAUCCGAUAAUAUACGGCGUGUUGAAUAGAAACUACAGAAACGCCUACAAAGAAAUUUUAGAGAGGGGUCUUUGUCUGGAACAGAAAAAUCCGACUAUAAUUAGCUCAAAUAUUCAGUCUACUACAGGAAUAAUGGACGCCCUGUGCCGGAUAGCGGGGUUGGCAUUAUGUGCCGUGUGCUCCACCACAGGCAUAAUUGGCAACGGACUGACCUUGUGCAUUUUCAUCUUUUUCAAGCAGUUUCGCGACCCAAUUGGAAUUUUAAUCCUCGGACUGACCGUUUCAGACUUCCUAACAAGCAUUUUCUCUAUUCCUCUGAACUCUGUUUUUUUCCUCGAUAACGGAGGAUGGAUCCUUGGGAAAACGUGGUGCUACGUAAAUAGAGUUUCCACCUUUUGCUCACCAGUCAUAUCAAUUAUAUUUAUCGCUUGUUUGGCAGUUAACAGACUUGUUAAAGUAACGUGUGCUGCCGAAACGUAUAGCAGAAUUUUCACAAUCUCAAAUACCAUUCUGAUUCUUAUUUCAACCACAAUCAUUGGGCACAUUCCCGUCGUUCUGGCAUUUUUUAAAAUAACUGCUGAAAUUCAAUAUGAUGAUGAAGGAAUCUGCUUUCUUUUGAUACAAGAACAGUCAUCAGUGAUAACCAUGGUCUUAUUUGGCCUAGCAUCCGUUAUCAUUAUCCUGAGCUACCUCACAAUCUACUUCAGAGCAAAAGGGGUGUACAAAAUGACAACAGCAGACGAAAGAAGCAUUCAGCUUAUGAAAAUGUUGCUGGCCACCACAAUUUCGUUUUUCAUUUGCUUUGCUCCUGCCGCAAUCCUAUUAGCUCUUUCUGGCCACUACAAAAGUAAUUUUGACAUUUCUGCAGUUGAUCAUUUUCUCUUCCAAUUUCCAUAUUACUUCUCCGUCGUCGUUAAUCCAGUGAUUUAUUGCGUGAUGAACACCAAUUACAGAAACGCUUACAAGGCAAUCUUGAAAAAGUGCUGCUGUUUUUGUUUGAUAAAAAUAGACCAGUAAAAGGGUCAUUUUUUAUUUUGAUAAAUAGCAAGUGAGCCAAAUUUAUGUCUUAAAAAUAAAUCGCAUCAACUUUUGAAGCCGCUUUUUAUCAACGACUCUCUUUAUCUUGCGAGGCGGAGAGUCAAUUUGUUC